CGAUAGAUCACGUCUAUCAAUAUUCACGUUAUUAGAAAGCGGGAGGCCGAUGUCUCCGUGAUUUCAGCGCUGUUUGGAUGCCGGUGACAGCUGCGUGCAUGUCAUCACCUUGCACUGACAGAGAGCUCCGAUGUAGUGGGGAGGUGGAGAUCAUGCUUUGUCACUGAGGAGCUCAGCAGCAGCAGCAGCAGCAGCAGCAGUCUUCCUCUCCGGCACGUCCGACGCUCAGCAUGCUGCAUCCUGAUGCUCUCUCGUCUGUACGCUAUGGGUUUACCUGGAUUUACAUGCAUUUCCCGUUUAUGGCUUUUACAUGACCGUCGGAUUGAUGCGGCCACAUAUAUUUGUGCGGCCAAAUAUUGUUAAUCUCAAUGUUUGAACCGGGGGAAGAGAGGCACGUUCCAAGUGUCAAAUAAGAUAGGACCCGUCCUGCGGAUGCACCGUCACUGUUUUGCCUCCACUGGCUCUCCAAGUGUAUGAGAUUCAUGAUUCAUCCCCGUGUUGCCACGGGUUAUCCUUAGAGCUCAUUUCUUAUCUUUCAUCAAAAUGGAAAGGUUCCAGUCUUCCAUGCGCAAACGGCUGUACAGCUUGCCGCAAAACAUUGGGCAGAAACCCUUUGUGAUUGACGAAGGAGACAACGGCGACAAGGACACUAAGAGGAAAAGUAUUCGGCUAAAACAUUUGUCCUCCCAGUCUCCCGCAAGCAGUUGCAAGAGCAUUGAUGAGGCCAGGAGCGAAGACUUGGAAAGGCACGUUACUGUGAAGACCAACUUGAAUGGGGACUGUCGCUUAUUUAGAAGCAGUAUCUCUUCCAUCACUGGGCGACAUCCUUGCGGGUCAGAACCAGCGGAGCAGCGGCGCCUCGCCCCCGAUGCUGAUACCGGUGCCAGCGAGAGUUUCCCCGGUGAGCACAGCCCCGGGGCCCAGCAGCGGGCAACGGGUGGUCUGAGUGGCGCAGUGGGGCAAGCAUCCGUGGUUGACCAGUCAAGUUUCAUCAAGUUGGAGGGUACCGAGCAAAUCAUAGUACCAGAAGAUGACCGGCUAUACCAAGCAGGAUUCAUGCACCGGCAGUUUGGGGCGAUGCUCCAACCGGGAGUCAACAAGUUUUCUCUGCGGAUGUUGGGGAGUGAGAGGGCCGUGGAGCACGAGAGGGAACGAGUAAAGUCUGCUGGCUUCUGGAUAAUCCACCCAUACAGUGAUUUUAGGUUCUACUGGGAUCUGACCAUGCUGCUGCUGAUGGUGGGAAAUCUCAUCAUCAUCCCUGUGGGCAUCACCUUCUUCAAGGACGAGCACACGCCACCCUGGAUUGUCUUUAAUGUGGUUUCGGACACCUUUUUCCUCAUGGACUUGGUCCUCAACUUCCGCACGGGCAUCGUCAAGGAGGACAACACAGAGAUUAUCCUAGACCCACAGCAGAUCAAGAUCAAGUACCUAAAGAGCUGGUUCAUCGUGGACUUCAUCUCCUCCAUACCUGUGGACUACAUCUUUCUUAUCGUAGAAACACGCAUCAACUCAGACUUUUACAAGACGGCCCGCGCUCUGAGGAUCGUCCGCUUCACCAAGAUCCUCAGUCUGCUGCGGCUGGUGCGCCCCCCCAGACUCAUCCCCUACAUCCACCACGUUUUCCAUAUGACCUAUGAUCUGGCCAGUGCCAUGGUGCGUAUCAUGAACCUGAUUGGUAUGAUGCUGCUGCUGUGCCACUGGGAUGGCUGUCUGCAGUUCCUGGUUCCCAUGCUGCAGGACUUCCCUGCUGACUGCUGGGUCACUAGAAACAAGAUGGUGAAUGACACAUGGGGUCAGCAAUACUCCUACGCACUAUUCAAAGCCAUGAGUCACAUGCUGUGCAUUGGGUACGGCCUGCACCCUCCUAUCGGCAUGGCUGACGUGUGGCUCACCAUCCUCAGUAUGAUUGUGGGCGCUACGUGCUUCGCCAUGUUUGUGGGGCAUGCGACUGCACUCAUUCAGUCUCUGGACUCCUCCAGGAGGCAGUACCAGGAAAAGUAUAAACAGGUGGAGCAGUACAUGUCCUUCCACAAGCUCCCUGCUGACAUGCGUCAGAGGAUCCACGAUUACUACGAACACCGUUAUCAGGGCAAGAUGUUUGAUGAAGAGAGCAUUUUGGAGGAGCUGAAUGAACCGCUGCGUGAGGAGAUCAUCAACUUUAACUGUCGAAAGCUGGUGGCCUCCAUGCCUCUGUUCGCCAACGCUGAUCCAAACUUUGUCACCUCUAUGUUGACCAAACUUCACUUCGAGGUGUUCCAGCCGGGCGACUACAUCAUCAGAGAGGGAACCGUUGGCAAGAAGAUGUACUUCAUCCAGCACGGUGUUGUCAGCGUCCUGACAAAGAGCAGCAGGAGCACCAAGCUUUCUGACGGCUCUUAUUUUGGAGAGAUCUGCCUGUUGACUCGAGGCAGGAGGACAGCCAGCGUGCGAGCAGAUAACUACUGUCGGCUCUACUCUCUGUCUGUAGACAACUUCAACGAGGUUCUGGAGGAGUAUCCCAUGAUGCGAAGAGCCUUUGAGACCGUGGCUCUCGACCGCCUGGACCGCAUCGGGAAGAGGAACUCUGUUCUUCAGCAUAAGGUCCAGCAUCACCAAAGUUCUGGCACACUAAACCUGCAGGAGAGUGAGAUCAUCCAAAGAAUAGUGCAACAUGACCGUGACAUGGCCCAGUGCACACAGCUGAUUCAGACCAGCACCGCAGAGAGCCUAAACCCUCCCCCAGCUCCCCCAUCACCCACCCCAGUCAUCUGGGCCCCACUGGUUCAGGCCCCACUCCAGGCUGCUGCAGCCACCACCCCACUGGCUUUGGCCUUGGCCCACCACACCCAGCUGCCUCCCAUCCUCUUCCACCGUCCUCUGGCAUCAGGCUCUGGCUCCCUGAAGGACCCCGCCAGCCAUCCAAAGAGAGCCGAUGCUGCAGCCAACACCAUCACUUGCUGUGGUUCAGGGCUCGGUUCUCCUGCCAGCUCCACCAAAUUCCACUCUGGGGUUGAGACUCCCACGCUGACGUACCUCAGGACACAGCAUCUCACCACUGGACCUGUGUCACCCACUCUGACUUCCCAGCCCGUUUUCACCAGCAGUCUGCAGCCACUGACCCCUCUGCCUGCUCACCAGCCCCUGCCCCAUCCUCCCCACUCCAGCAUGGCAUCUGCCUUACCCAUCAGCCAGGCCACCGUCUCCUACAGCUGCUCCCCUCAGCUUCGCUCCCAGCACUUCCAUGGUACUAUGACUACCCCACCCCACCUAGUAAGCUUACUCCAGCAGAGGGCACCAGGGAGGCUAGCAGGGAGAGUCCCAGCCCCCUCGGCCUCCACCAUAAGCCCUCUGAUCUGCAGUUCAGUCGGCCCCAUACUAAGCCAGCUGCAACAGACCUCUCAUGCCACCCUGCAGAAGAUGGGACCCACUCCUGACAGAGCCAGCAGGACAUCCAGCAGUCUGAACCUCCCACAGAUUCCCUUCAUCACCAGCACCCAGUCCUCCGGUGGAGGUGUUCAGCCAGUGUCUGCAGUCGGAGCCGGGGUCACUGCCUCUCUGGCUCAGCACAGUCUGGCUGGCCUCCAGUCUGUUUUCCUCCCCCAGGUUGUCCCCGAACACUCGGCCCUUGCCACCCUGGCUCAGUAUGGCUCCACUGAGGGCUCGCCCUGCUACACACCUCCAGUCCAGAGUCCCAGCAUACAAAGCCCUGUGAGAGGAGAGACAGUUUACCACAGUGACCUCUCCAGCACCAAGGACUCUCACAGCCUUCUAACCCCCGAGACCUCAUCCCCUGCCAGGAUGGCCUGUACCCUCAGAGAGAGGGCCGAGUCCUCGGUGGAUCUCUUUACCCAGGAAAUAAAGACUAUCUCAGGCUCUCACAGCUCAACACACCAGGAAAGGCCUUCGGCAAUGAGCGGGUCCUCGGAGGGGGUAGCAGGGGCAUCGAGCCCCUUCUACUCCCCUAUCAGAAAAGCCUACAGCCCGAUCCUGGAUCAAGCCACCCCCAUCAAUGGGACACAUUCAGGACCCGAACCUCAGAACCAGUCCACUAGUGCCCACUCCCCUCACACCAGAUCCCCUGCUAAGAUGUUAGAGACCGAACACAAAAAGUCCAAACUUCCAUCCAACUUGUGAGGUUCAGACACACCCUCCUGUAAUGCCUGAACAAAAUGGAGAUCGUCUCCUUCUUGGCAUUAUUGUAGGCACUGCUUUGUCAAAUUUGAAAGUAGGAGGGUGUGUUAUUCUAAUCAGAUUGGAAUUGAGUGGUUUAAUUUUUAAUGACUGGAUCAUGGAUAAUAAUGGACAAUGACUGAUAUUUUUCUACAGGAUAUUGCUUCUUUGAAUAUAUAAUUAAAUCCAAAACCUCUUCAUGGGUAUAUAUAGCACUUCAUAAAAAUAUGAACUGUUCCAUGUAUUAUAUUCUAACCAUACUGUGGGAUUUGUUAUUUGUAUUUGUUUAAACUCUCAUUGUCAGAGCCAUUUUGUGUAAACUUUUAGCAACACCUGUUUAGCUGGAAAUGUGUCCACUACUGUAUCCAGUUAUGAUUGAAACCAAAAAUGAUUGUUCUUUUUAUAUCCUUUCCCACUAUUGAGUGUGUUGUGUGAAUGCCGUUACCCCUUAAGAGAUUCAAGAAGAGACAGAGACUGCGCACUUUGCUUGUUUCAGAAAUCGCUUAACGUAAAGGUUUGACGACAGCGUGUCUUCCAAGAAAGCGCUUCAGCAAUAUUGCACACCCAAAUGGGUCACAGAAAUAACUGAUCAAUCAACAACACACAAAAGUAAUGAAUGUAUUGUAAUGUUUGUUUAUCUGGGUGUGAGAAGUGGGAUUCAUUUUGAAUAUGAUGAACAUGAUGGCUUUCUGCAGAAUAACCAGUUUCAAAGACGGUGCAUGCAUUUCUGAUGUGUCCCUCCACAGCUGCUCUGGCGUGUGGUGAGCCACACAACUGAUGCCAGCACAUUUCAGUCUGACAAUAACUUCAAUACAGAACAUACACCUGAGCCAAGGUUCGUGUGCCAUUAGCAUAGUAUGCAAUAAUCGUGUUGUUUUUUUAUGGGUAUACAAAGGUACUGUGAAUUGAAGCACUUGAUGAGAUUCUGUUUUUAGUUCAAACAGAUUUAAAACAAGGGAAUUAAGUAUAAAAAAAAAAGCAAUUGUUGAUAAUCAAACAUCCUGAAACCAGCGAUGCACUAAGAUUGAUCUGAAUGUUUCUUGCACCAGUCAAAGGGCUAAAAGCUGUUAUUUGGACACAUGGUUAAUAGGAAACCCUGAUGGGUCAUAUUGCUGCAUAUUUACCUCUGUCAUUGUCCAUUAUUUGAUUGUAAAGUUUUACAACUGCUGAACAGCUGCUGCUUUGUGAUGCUAUGCUGAAACAAUAAGAUGUAUCGCUUGACUGCUUUUUACAAACCAGACUCUGAAAUCCUUCUACUGGUUAAUAAGUUCAUGUGAUUUGAUGAUACUUCUCUCUCUGUCUGGAUGUGCAGCCGGCGAUGAACUGUGAGAAGCUAGCCGGCCAGCAGUCCAACCAUCAGAGGAUCCUGUCCAGUGGCUUUAGCUGCCUGGUUACUCAACCAGAGGUUUGCUGUGACUCUUACCCCCAACCCUCCCAAGAGAAGACAGAUACUGUCAGUCACUACCAAUGGGCUCGAUCAAUCCCUAAUUACUAUUCUCCUCCAACCCUGCACCACCACAACAUCUGCCAAAGGCAUCAGCUCAGAUUGAGUGUAAGAUUAUUUUGAGUAGAUUCGAGUUAAAAAAAAAUGUGUGGGAGAGGAGGUGUCGGGCAUUCAUCUCUUCAUACAUUUAUUUUUCAUUUUGUUGCCUUUUAGUCACCAAAUCUGAUGAUUCUAUCACCUAUGUAUGUUAGGCAUAUUUUAUUUUAGCUACUUAACUCAAUGCAAUAAAAUAA